UGCAGCGUUUCCCAACCAGGGUGCCUCCGGCUGUUGCAAAACUACAACUACCAGCAUGCCCGGCAUGACCGGGAAGAAGACCAUAUGGAAAACCUACUUCAGGACUCUAUCUUCCAAAAAGAGAAUUCUCUGAAAGUUUACACCCUGACCUGCCUGCCCAUACAAUGCUAUUACAAAUCCAUGCACUGAGAGACCAUUCAGGAGAAGUGCCACACUUCAGCCUAUGCAGGACUGUUCUAAAUUAUAAAUACCUGAACAUUUUCCGUGUUGACGAACGGACGGGAAUUCUCUCUCUCAAUGAGACCUUAACAAGUGAAAUCCUCAAUGAACUAAGAAACUCAUCAAUAUCGAAACUGCGGUUCAGAGUGAAGGUGUCCGCUGCUCCAUUUAAAGAACAAGUCUGUGACAAAUCCCUCUCUGCUGACAUUAUCCUGACACUAGAAGACAACAAAAUUCCCAACUGCUCCUCUCUACUACCAGAAGACGUGUGCUUUCGGGGGACAGAACUUUCUUUCCACAUCAAAGAAAACAGACCCCCGGGCAGAUUCUUCCAGUUCUAUCCACACUAUUGUACUCAUCAGAGCCCAAAUAUUAGUGUCAGCUAUUCAUUAUUAUUAGACCCACGCCUCCCUUUCCAAUUGAAACCAAAUACGUCGGAAAUAUUCUUGUCCCAUCCCUUGAACCGAGAAGAAAGGGAAGACUAUGAUCUAGUAGCUAAAUGCAUUAUAAAAGACAACACCAAGGAAGUGGAAUUUGAACGGUCAUUCCGCAUCAAGGUGGAUGAUGAAGAUGACAACCCUCCUUAUAUUAUGGAUGGAACGAAUACUGCACAUGUCGUUGUAGAAUAUGAAAGAAAGGAAGGUACCGUCCUUGGAUCGCUAGAGGUUCAUGAUCUUGACUCCACACCUGUCUAUCCAGUAGACAGUAGUCACAACAGAUACACAGAUACCAUCAUCAAUAAUGAAACCUUUGUACAAGAUAAAUUUCAGAUCAAGAGCCAACCCAGAGAGGUUAAAUUCAGCCGAAACGGCAACACCAUUCGAGGGACAAUCCAUGAAUUUAAGCUUCUGCUGAAACAAAGUAUUUCCAUAAACAGAAAUGCAUCAUAUCUAGUCAUGGUUUUGGUCAAUGACACAGAAUAUCGUCCUGGUGGAGAUCUGAUGCUGUACUUCAAUGUCACCAUCAAGCCUGUUACAGUUCGAUUCCCUGAUAUAACUUACCAGUUCACGGUCAACUGUAAUGCCAACCGCUUUGCCCAGAUAGGAAGAGUAUGCAUUGAAAACUGUUCACUGUUCAAAGGCGUCAACGUAGUUUACACACUUCAGCCUUCAAAUACCACAUCUGCCAUUGGCAUCCAAAAGGCACAAGGGGAGAUGUUUGCAACCCUUUAUGUUACUGAUCCCAAUGCUUUGGCCAGCUAUGGUAGCAAAGAGAUCCUUUAUACUGUUGUAGCCUCCAAUUCACAAGUUAAGCCCUCCAAGACACAAGUCACGAUCAUUAUUGAAGGCACUCCUUUAAACCAUGAAGUAAAUUGUCCGGUCUCAUGUUCAGAGAGCAAAAACAAAAGAGAGUGUGAAGAGUGUAAUGGAUUGGGAUCCCUCACUGGAAGAUGCCAAUGGAGACAGGGAUAUGGUGAAGGGAUCACUAAGAACUAUUCUACUUGUACACCGAGUACCCUUACCUGCCCUGAUGAGAUUUGUGAUGCCGUGGAGAGGAAAGAUCAAUCAAUCUGCCCACAGGACUGCACAAAGUUAGAGGUCAUUGGUGGAUAUGAGAGAAAUCAAACUGGAAUAAAAGCAGGUUACGGUACCUGUUACUGCCUCCUCCCUGACAAAUGCUUCUGCGAGAAAAAUAUAGAGGAGGUCCAGCUGUGUGAUGAAGCUUGUAAAACGGUUAUCGCAUGUGGAGUUUUCCUAUCUUUUAUCAUCUCUGUGCUGUUGUCCUCAUACUUUAUUCACCGCUAUCACAAAAACUCACCAAAGCCCCCUAUAGCUUCUGCUGAGAUGACUUUCCGCCGACCUGCCCAGUCUUACCCAAUCAGCUACUCCUCAACUAAUGCUCGACGACCAUCUCUAGAUUCUAUGGAAAACCAAGUCUCAGUGGAUACAUUUAAAAUACCAGAGGAUCCAAAGUGGGAAUUUCCAAGGAAAAACUUGGUUCUUGGCAAAACCCUUGGUGAAGGAGAGUUUGGGAAAGUGGUAAAGGCGACGGCAUUUAGGUUGAAAGGAAAAGCCGGGUAUACCACAGUGGCUGUCAAAAUGUUAAAAGAAAGCGCCUCCCAGAGUGAACUACGGGAUCUUCUUUCUGAAUUCAACCUCUUAAAACAGGUUAACCAUCCACAUGUCAUCAAAUUAUAUGGGGCUUGUACACAGGAUGGUCCUCUGCAUCUUAUAGUCGAGUAUGCAAAGUACGGCUCUUUACGUAGUUUCCUGAGGGAAAGUCGCAAAGUAGGACCUAGUUCUGUAGGUGGUGACUCAAAUCGUAACUCCAGCUAUUUGGACAAUCCUGAUGAAAGAGCCCUGACUAUGGGAGACCUCAUUUCCUUUGCAUGGCAAAUAUCCAGGGGAAUGCAAUAUUUGGCAGAAAUGAAGCUUGUUCAUCGAGAUCUGGCAGCACGAAAUGUCCUCGUGGCAGAAGGUCGUAAAAUGAAAAUCUCUGAUUUUGGUCUCUCUCGAGAUGUUUAUGAAGAGGAUUCGUAUGUUAAGAGAAGCAAGGGAAGAAUACCAGUGAAGUGGAUGGCUAUAGAAUCCUUGUUUGACCACAUAUAUACCACACAAAGUGAUGUGUGGUCCUUUGGGGUUCUUCUGUGGGAAAUUGUUACCCUUGGUGGAAAUCCAUACCCAGGUAUUGCUCCAGAGCGUCUCUUCAACCUCCUCAAAACUGGCUACAGGAUGGAAAAGCCAGAGAAUUGCAGUGAUGAAAUGUACAAUCUCAUGCUGAAAUGUUGGAAGCAGGAGCCCGAUAAGAGGCCAACAUUUGGUGAGAUCAGUAAAGAGUUGGAGAAAAUGAUGGUGAAAAGCAGGGAUUAUUUGGACCUUGCUGCCUCUACUCCUGCAGACUCCAUGCUCUAUGAUGAUGGCCUUUCUGAAGAGGAGACACCUCUGGUGGACUGUAACAAUGCCCCAAUCCCCAGAACGCUUCCCUCAACUUGGAUUGAAAACAAACUCUAUGGUAGAAUUUCCCAUGCGUUUACUAGAUUCUAGCUACGCUACCCAGUAGGACAAAUGCCAUCUAUCUGAGCGUUAAUAGAACUCUGCUUCUCAACAACCCCAGGGCUGUGUGUCUCUAAGAAAUCAAACUUUGCUUUAAAUGGCUGUUUAAUUUCAAAUUCUAUUUAUUUAUUUGCUAAAUUUUAAUGCCAAUGGUUAAAUAAUUUUGCAGCAGUGUUCAAAAGAAGCAUAAGAAAAUAUUGUAGACAUUUUUCAUAAAACACAUGCCUACAGUAUAGCCAAGGAAAUGAUGUAGAAAGCUCUAAUCCUAACUCAUAUCUGACAUUGUAUGGCGUAAACCAACGGCACUUAAUAUAUAACUUACAUACAUAUCUUGUUAUAUAAGGAGUAAAAUGGACAAAAGCUAGCCCAUAAGAGCAUCAUCUACCAUUUAGCGACCAUACCAUUAUGUUCCUUGGCCUUGAAAUCUGCUAGUGCAGCCAGUGAACAGUAAGGUCUCGGCAUAUUGUGCGCAUAAGCUUAUGCACCCAGUGGGGGAAAUUUAUUAAAACCCGUGCAGAGGAAAAGUUGACCAGUUGCCCAUAGCAACCAAUUAUUUUGCUUCUUUAAAAAAAAAUGUUUUUAACGUUAUCUGGUUGCUAUGGGCAAUUGCUCCGUUCUUUCUCUACACAAGUCUCCCCUCAGAUAACUAUAACAUUAAUUUAGAAGCUCCGAUAACAUGAAUAUAAUAUUUGACACUAGUAAGCAAUAAACUGCUUUUCCUAAGCUUGAAUGUGGAAACAAAUUGCAUUCAUAUAUUGAUAAAGAUAAGUCAUUUGGUUAAUAUACAUAGGGCAUUAGUGUCAAUUAUCAAGAAAAACAUUUCCUGAUUUUGACCCAAAGCUUAAUAUUUCUAUACAACUAUAUUAAGCCACAGUAUGACCCAAUAAGGAGGCACAAAAAUAGUUUCUACAAAGCCUUUCUGACAGUAAAUGCAGAUCCUGGGUGCUAUGGUAUUAGUGCAUAGUUGUAUACAAAAUACUCCAAAA